UAAAAAUCAGUCGACUGCGGUCUCAAUUAACGUUUGACGGAUUAUUAAGUGCUCGCACAUACGUUAGUUCAGUUUACUUUUACAAGUAUUUGCAUACACACAUACAAACUUAACGUUACCACAGCAACGCUCCGUAGCUACUUUACCCAUCUAGUUGCUAGUCUACCCAGCCAGUUGCUAGCGUAUACGAUUUAUUACAACCUGCAAAAUCAGUUGCUGACUUACACCACUGGAACUCGAUCUCAUGUAAAUUAUUUGUAGUUAUCUGCUAUUACAAACUUGUAAUAUUUGACUUACACGAUUUAUUUGUUUGUACUAAUCUCUAAAAUGUCCGAGUACCUUUCUCCAAUGGAUUGGGAGGCCUGGGGCCGUAAUUUUAAUGAAAGUGUGGCGUCCUUUAACGCUGAAUUCGAUAUCGUGGAUGAGAUCCUGCGGGAAGCUGGUGUGGUUCCCGAAGUGCGCGAGGGAUUUGUCGAUCCGGAUACACAGAAAGAGCAGUUCCUGCCUCGUUACGAGGCCAUCUCCCCGCCGCCGCUCGAACCGGAUCCUGUUCCCGUUCUUAUCCAUGUGCCGGAACCCAGCAAUACUACCCUGUUUCAACCGCCAUGCCAACUGGUGCCAGCGUUCGACCCAGCGCCUCCGAUGAACCCAUCCCCACUUUCGCUCGGUGAACAAGCAUCGCUGCACGAGUUCCUCCAAGUCCGACCUGGCGGCUUGGUUUCGAUGUUCGCCAACGUGGACACUGUGACUUUGGCGCAAGCCGGAGCGUUGACGAUCAACAUCACCCGUGAGAAUGGCAUCCCGCAGUUCGCGACCUUGCAUACCAGCCGUGGGAAGGAGAGGGCCGGCUGUGCCACCACCAUGGGCGAGCUGCGUGCAGUGCUGCGCUUUCUCCUCUCCGCCGAGUGCGAAGCCCUGAGCCGCAGUCCGUCGCCACCUGUCCAGAGGAAAGAGCUAGCCAGCCCGUCGUUUCGAAAAGAGUUCUCUCUCACCCUGCACGCCGCCUGGAUCUCUGGCAAGCACCUGCAGCUGCGGAUUUCGCGCAGGGGCGACAACCAUCGCAGCGUAGCCACUCCCAAGAUCAGCCAGACUACCCUCCAGCGCCUCCGAGGCAAGAACUGGUACGAGCUCCUCCCGCAGCUCUUCCCGGGAUUCUCCCAUGGGAUCAAACCGCUACCGCAGGAGUUUUGGAACGACUUCCGGGCUUACCUGACCAUGGAAGCCGUCCAUGCUGCGCGCUCGAAGGACAUCGUUGGACCGACGGAAGACCAAUUGUUUUCCAUGUUAACCGAACUGCAUGCUACCAGUUUCUACAGCAUUUUAAUUGAACUGAUGCCUGUGUAUUCUGAUUGUUCUUUUACAUGCUUUGCAAGCACUGAAUACGUGCGUCAGCAGUGUCAGGUGUUGAACUUUCCUGUCAACUAUUGUGUAGCCUAGCCACUGCGUAGGUUAGCAACAGCAGUGCGUACGUUAGCUCCUAUCAGUAUUUCAG